AUGAUGGAGGCAGGGCGCAGACACGCUCAGCUCCCCAUCGAAUGGCCAUGGCCCAUGAAUAGAAUGAGCAUCACUGAUGAGCCCGUUGCGCGUCACACGCUGAGCGUCCCGAACCGGGUGGGGACCCAGCUCCAAGCUGUCACGGUUGACGGGAUCCACUGCCUGCCCCCAGAGCGGACCGUCGACAGUGACAGACCCGUCCCGCCGGUCCGUCGAGCAUCGCCUUGUGCAUCGAACCAGUCACGUGCGCUAAGCGCGGUGCCGCCCAAGCACUGCCAACGCCGUGCAGCCCCAGCGAAGUGCCCCAGCGCAGUGCAGUGCACUGAGCGCUUGACGGUCAAUUACGUCAGCAGGCAAAAGUUUCUGUCACCUUCUUAG